GAGAUGAAUAUGAGUAUUAAUGGUGGAAAAAUGAGUAAUACUACAAGUAGCAACUACCUUUGUAGGCAAAGUAGUACAAGAUGGACACCAACUACUGAGCAAAUUAAGCUUCUUAAGGAGCUUUAUUACAUCAAUGGCGUUCGAUCGCCUUCGGCUGAUCAAAUUCAGAGCAUUUGUGCUAGAUUAAGGCGUUACGGAAAGAUUGAAGGCAAGAAUGUGUUUUACUGGUUUCAAAACCAUAAGGCUAGGGAGAGACAGAAGAAGAGGCUUACUCCGACCUCUUCUACUACUACGGCUUCUAAUAACCUUACUACCACAACUACGCCUCAAAUUCAUAGUAAUUCUACUACUACUAAUAAUAAUUUCAUCAGAAAUGGAAGUCUUGCUUGGAAACAAGAUCAUCAGGAUAUGGCUAUCCAUGCUAAGUACCCUUGCACCAUUAAUAAUCCUGGAGUUUCUUGUUCAAGUUCAUCAGCUGGUAUGAUUUCGGGCGGUGGGCAUUUGAUGGGGAGUUAUGGGUAUGGAGCUAUGAACAUGGAGAAUAAGUUUAGGGACUGCUCAAUUUCAGGAGGUGUGAUUAAUGGUGGAAAUCAUGUGAACCAAUGGACUUCAGUUGGAACUAAUUACAACUCAUAUACUCCUACACCUUACUCAAAUUUGUUGGACAAAAUAUCAACAGUCGACGAAGAUCCUUACAUUCAUGACCAAGAUCAUUAUGGGGUAGAAACACAAGAGAUAGAGACUCUUCCUCUCUUCCCAAUGCACAAUGAAGAUAAUGGUUACGACCACGACCUCGACCACAACCACGGCUUCUACACCAUCAAACCUCCGUCGGACGGCUAUUACACUGGUGGAUAUCGGUGGUCGAAUAACGGCAAUGGUGGGAAUACCUCCCUUGAACUUAGCCUUAACUCAUAUGGUUAUGGUUGUUAUUCACAAAAUCUUUAG